UUUUUUGGAUCCUUCUUAAAUUUCCAAUUUAAACGAAAAAACAUAAGAAAGACCAUCAAAUUUCAAACUCCCAUCACAGCUUCCACCUUUGAUCUUCCUUCUCAAUCCGCCAUGGAAUUCCACCUCCAACAAACCGAUCUCUGGACUUCUAUGGAAGAACAAACAAAAAGCAUCGACUUACCACAAAACACCGCCGUAUUACCCGAUCCCAUUCACUUUCCUAAUUCUCCAUCCAGGCCCUCCGUCCCAGCUCCAUGGGCCAUGUCCCCAGCACCUCCACCGUCCACAAACCAUCAACAUUUCAUUUACCACUGCAUAGCGUCGCUCCACCGGCCUGACGGCAACAUACUGUCGAUUGCAAUGACAAAGGAGUUUAUAUUUGUGGGGUCCGAGAGUGGGCGGAUUGAGUCGUGGAAGCUGCCGGAAUGCACCGGAGUUGGGUUUAUAAAGGCUAGGUCCGGUGAAGUUGGGGCAAUGUUUGGGAGUGGGAGGAUGGUGUUUAGUUGUCAUGGGGAUUAUAGAGUUCGGAUUUGGGAAGUGAAAAUGGGAAACAAGAGAUUGAAAGCAAAAAAAAUUUCAACUUUACCAUCAAAACGCUCUUUUUUGGUAGUGAGAAAGAGUAGCCGGCGGCUGCAAUAUCAUACUGAUUGUAUAUCUUGCCUGGCUUACAAUGAUGCUGAUAAGCUUCUCUAUACUGGUUCGUGGGAUAGCACAGUGAAAGCAUGGAAGAUCUCAGAAAAUCGAUGUGUGGAUUCAUUUAUUGCUCAUGAAGGCCAUGUAAAUGCAAUCCUCAUAAAUCAAGAAGAUGGCUGUGUUUUCACCUGCUCUUCUGAUGGCUCUGUCAAGAUUUGGAGAAGGGUUUUCGGAGAAAGCUCUCAUAUUUUAACCAUGAUUCUCAAGUUCCAACUCUCUCCAGUCAACGCCCUAGCUCUAAGCCUCUCAUCCUUCUCCUCGUCAUCGUCGCUGAAACCCUACAACUUUCUCUACUCUGGUUCUUCGGACGGCCUCAUCAACUUCUGGGAGAAGGAGAGCUCCUCGAGUAGGUACAACCAUGGAGGGUUCUUACAAGGUCAUCACUUUGGAGUUCUAUGCUUAGUGGCAGUAAAAGAUUUGAUUCUGAGUGGUUCUGAAGACACGACCAUAAGGGUUUGGAGAAGAGAAGAAAUAGGGAAUAAUGAGUUUGUUCAUUCGUGCAUUUCAGUGAUCGAGGGCCACCAUGGACCAGUCCGGUGCUUGGCAGCGGCGACCGAGAUGGAUAAUAUGGGAAAUAUGUUGGUUUGCAGUGGUAGUUUGGAUCAGACUUUCAAGGUAUGGAGACUCAAGCUUUUUGCUCCACAGUCGUUGAAGAAGGAGAUUGCUGAAAUAUGUGGGAAUCAUAAUCCUGUUCUUUCUCCUUCUUGGGUGGAGAAGAGGAAGCUUCAGGGGGAUGAAUAUUAUUAUUGUAUCUAAUUUUAAUUAUCGUCUCUUUAAUUAAUUAUUACUUCAAAUCCUAUAUAUGUAGGAAAAAUACAGUGGGCCGGGAACAAUAAUAAUUAAUUUUAAGAUAUUGUUUGAAACA